GUGUGACGUAUAUGAAAAACGAGACUGUUUGUCCUUGGGCAGAACACAAAAAUGGUUGCAAUGAGUGUGUUGCGUCCCUUACUUCAAGGGACUCGCACGCUUUUGUCAGCUGGGAAAAUGUCAAAAGCAGUGGUUAUACGAAACAUGAGCGAAAAAAGGACCAUGAUAGUUAAACCCUCCAGAUUCGAGUGGGACAGAUGGAAGGACGAUGUGCAUUACUUUCUGUUUCUUGGACUGGUACCAAUGGCUCUUUUAAUAACCUAUGUGAAUCUCUUUGUUGGUCACGCCGAACUCUCCGAUAUCCCAGAGUGCUACGAACCAAACCACUGGGAGUAUUAUAAGGGCCCCAUAGAGCGCUGGUUUGCACGGUACAUCUAUGAUUCGCCAGAAAAAAUACAUGAGAGAAAUCUACAUUUUUUGAAGGAAGAAAUGGAGACCAGCAAACUUAGGAAACUGGAGAAGAAGGUGAAAGAAGUGAUGUACCAGAGACAGGACUACAAAGGCUGGUAUUUUAUUCCCAUGGACAAGUCGAGGAUCGAAAUGGCCCGGGAAGCUGAACGGGAAACGGCAGCUUUGAGAGGCUCAGGACCAAUAUGAAGGAGGGAUUAAAAAACAAGGAAUAUUACUGUGUGUUUAACAUUGUAGGUGCCAUUUUGUUUAAAAAAAACUGUUCAGGACAAGGACAAAAAAAAAGAAAAAGAGGAGAAUAUGCAGUGCAUUCAUAUAUUUUUUAUUAUGGAGUGGUAACCAAUUUUAAAGCAAUCAUUGUGUUUGGUUAAUGUUUAGGACAAGGAAAAAUAAUGAUUUAGAUAUGUACUUUACAGAUUUAUAACUGUAGUGGAUAGAUUAACAAAACCCCCACAACAAUGAUUACACUGUAUUUCCAAUGAUUGAAAAGCGGUGAGUAAUUUAAUAAAUUGGUAGACACGUGUGCUCAAUCUUGGUCAAAUUCAAAACAAGCGAGGCAUUGUGGAUAUCUGAAUGCUAGACUAAAACAAAACAUGGAUAUCAAAGUUAAAAGUUAAUUUAAAAACAAAGUGUACAAUAUCAUGCACAAUACAAUGACUUCAUUCUAAAACGGUGCGAGUUUGAAUGGCUUCAAAUGACAUGACAAUUCAUUGGAUUAGUGCAUGAACAUCAUUUAAAAUUGAUUUCGCGAUAUUGGUUUCAUUUCAGUCAUUGUGAAAACAGCAAAAUAUGUAAUAAAAGUUAACACGGUCAGUAUGCAAAACUUCUUUUUCAUGUGGGUUGUUUUUGUCUGGUAUUCAGGUGUGCACUUCUACAAUAUAUUUUGAGAUUUAUUGUAGAAUUUUUGGAAAAUGUCAAUUUAAUAACACCGCUGUCAAAGUGUAGGUUUUUCCCCCCACUCUUUAUGGAUGCUAAAGGUUGUAAAUAAUGGGCUGAACUUACAAAGCCUGUUUUUGUGUUACAUGUGUGUAAUAUCGAUAAUUAGUAAACACCUGUUUACGGAAAACAGGUUUUGCAAAUUCAGCCCAAUAUCACUAUUUGCAAGAGUGGAUAUUCCUAUAAACGAGUGGUUUCAAGUAAAAAGUUUCAUUGACAGAUCAGUUUGACAAAAUGUUUUUGAAGUGUAAAUAAAUGAGUGAAUAUUG